CCACAACACUGCGAUUGCCCCAACUGCCACCAUGUCCGACUCCAAGGACGCGACAACCAUCGAGCCUGCUGAGGAGCGCCGUGGUUCCAUAUUCGACAAUGAAGAGAAGCGUCGACAGAGCGUCGCCGAGUUGACCAAAAACACCGAGGGCGAGGUCCGCAACCCUCUCAUCGGUAUCCCGAAGGAACAGCUACUUGCCGAUGUCGAGAGCUUCGCCAAAGAGCAUCAAUUGGAGGACAUCCAGCCACUGCUCGUCAAGGGCGCACUCGCCGCUCAAUCUCCCCAUCUCUUCGACGAAAUCGACGAGUUGGACGAGGGCGACCGCACCGCGCUUCGCGAGGAGGUGACGCACCGCUGGAAGCUGCCCAGGCUUUUGUACAUCACCAUCGUCCUCAACUCCAUUGCUGCAGCUAUCCAGGGCUGGGACCAGACGGGGUCGAACGGCGCCAAUCUCACCUUCGCACAGCAGUUCGGCAUCCCUGACAGCGGCGAGUUCUGUGAUAUUCCUGCAAACGCUUCGACCUGCGAGAAGAACAGCUGGAUUGUCGGUUUCGUCAACUCUUCCCCGUACAUCGCCAUCGCGCUUUUCUGCGCAUGGAUCUCCGACCCCAUCAAUGACCUGAUUGGCCGACGGGGCACCAUCUUCAUCGCUGCCAUCUUCUCCGUGCUCGCGCCCAUUGGAUCGGGCCUCACCCAGCAUUGGGGACAGCUCGUGGCGUGUCGGGUCCUUCUCGGCAUUGGCAUGGGUCUCAAGGAAGUCACGGUGCCGGUCUUCUCUGCCGAGAAUGUACCCGCAAACGUGCGCGGAGGGCUGGUUAUGUCUUGGCAGAUCUGGACUGCCUUUGGUAUUUUCCUCGGUACCGUGGCUAAUCUCGUUGUCAUGAACACCGGCCGAAUCUCCUGGCGGUUGCAGUUGGGCUCCGCUUUCAUCCCUGCUGUGCCCCUCGUCCUCGGAAUUUGGUUCGUUCCAGAGUCUCCGAGGUGGCUGAUGAAGAAGCGCAAGUACGCCAAAGCAUAUCGAUCCUUCCUUCGACUGCGAAACACUCCCCUUCAAGCCGCCCGCGAUCUCUACUAUACGCACGCGCUUCUCGCACAGGAAGAGGUCCUUGUCAGGGAGGCUGGGUUGAAGCCGGAGAGUAACUUCUUCACGCGCUUCAUCGAGCUCUUUACUAUCCCUCGUGUCCGUCGUGCCACUCAAGCUUCUGGUAUUGUGAUGAUCGGACAGCAGAUGUGUGGCAUCAAUAUCAUUGCCUUCUACUCGAGUACCAUCUUCCGGGAAGGUGGUGCUAACGACAAGACUGCUCUCAUUGCUUCCUUCGGUUUCGGCCUGGUCAACUUCGUGUUUGCUUGGCCCGCUGUGUGGACCAUCGACACCUUCGGGCGCCGCGGUUUGCUGCUUUUCACCUUCCCCAACAUGUUCUGGACGCUCCUGACGGCUGGAAUGUGUUACUACAUCCCCAAGGAGAGCCCUGCACACAUGGGCCUUAUCGCGCUGUUCGUGUAUCUGUUCGGAGCCUUUUACAGCCCCGGAGAGGGACCAGUUCCGUUCACGUACUCCGCCGAGGUCUUCCCCCUCUCCCAUCGUGAGGUGGGAAUGAGUUGGGCCGUCGCGACAAACAACUUCUGGGCGGCGGUUCUGUCGCUCACGCUCCCUCGCAUGCUGAAGGUCAUGAGGCCUCAGGGCGUGUUCGGCUUCUACGCCGGGUUGAAUGUGGUGGCCCUCGUCAUGAUCUUCCUCUGGAUGCCGGAGACGAAGCAGCGCACGCUCGAGGAGCUCGACUACAUCUUCGCCGUCCCAACUAGGACCCACAUGAACUACCAGGUGAAGCAGAAUCUGCCGUGGUGGUUCAAGACGUACGUCCUCCGCCGCAAGGGACUCAAGAAGCCUCAGCUGUACAAGUUCGACGAGGAGGUUGUUGCCCACUCGAAGACGGCCCUGAGCGAUACGAAGGCCUAAGUGCUCGGCUGGUGUAGCUGCAUCGGGGAUGGUUCAGGUUGCCUUGAGAUCGCCGCGAAUAUUGUUCCCGGAAUGGGGUUCUUUACGCCGGGGGAAAUACUCCCGUGCUCGAGAUUGAUAGACACGGUGUAUGAUGGAUUGUCUGGACGGUGUUUGCCGCUCGAUAUCCGUAUAGUCUACGGUAGUCAAUCGCUAAUGUUUUGA